GAGUAUUCAAUGUUUAUGUGACGCGGCUGUUUUUAAACAUCAUCAUGAGCCACGAGUCUGAUUCUGAAAUCGAUGAAAGAAUCGAAAUAUUGAAGAAGAAAUAUCUGCACAGGAGGAAUCAGGUUUCCAACAACACAGAACCAUUUGGAUUCAUAUCAGAUGAUCAUGGAGAACAUGACACUGGUGCUGGUGUUCAGAAGAAUAAACCCUCCAGAGAGAUGAGAGAUUACAGAACUGCUCUCAGAGAACGCCAUAGAUCUCAAGAUGAACAACAUCACAGAGAUGAAGAUGAAUGUCCUGAAGAAACAAACAUCUUUUGCACAGAAACAGAUGUGACUUUACCAUCACAGCUCGCCCGUUCCUCUAGUUCCUGUGAGUCUCUGUUGGACGGUAGAGGAAACUCGAGCAGCGGCGCAGCAGUGCAUGUGUAUCAGGAGAUGCUGCACAUUUAUGAGAAACUGCAGGCGGAGCGUGUGAGUCAACAGGCGUGGGCUGCAGAUCUGUGUGUGCGAGAGCGUGAGUUACAGCAGAGAGAGAACACACUCCUGCAACAGCAGAACAACAUUCACCGACUCCGAGGAGUGCAGGAUGAUGUCAUCAAACACACGCAGUCAAUGCAGCAGAAAUAUCAGCAAGAGACGGAUGAGCUGAAAGCUGCUCUGCAGCAGAAAGUGAAAGAGAACAAGAGGAUGAAGUCCAGUUUUGACUCCAUGAAGGAAUUCAAUGACUCCAUGAAGAAACAGCUAAUUGACGUCACUGAGCAGAACAGGAAGUUGGAAAUUCAGUCGCGGAAAGUUCAAGCUCGACUGGAGAACCUGCAGAGAAAGUUCGAGUACUCCGCAGUGCACAGGGGACGAGAAUAUGCCGUUCCCAAAGUUUCUGAGCCCAAACCCGGCAAACAAGAGAGAACACGGUCACAUAAAGCAGACAAGGACUCUGUACACACGUCCAUGCUGAAGGUGUUAUCGGUUCUGUUGGAUUGGGUCGUGGACGGUUCAGAUCUCACCGGUCGUGAUGUGUAUAAAGCACCGGCUCCAUCACUGCAGGAGAGAUGUGCAAAGAUUUUGCCUCUGCUGGUGGAGCAGCUGCAGUCGUCUGCGCUGAUGGAGCUGCAGGUGCAGUUAUCUCUGCUGCGCUGCAUUUACUGCUGCAUCCUACAGCUGGAGCGCAGCACACAGCACGCUCCACUGACCUCCACCCUGAGGCGUUUGGGUGAGGAGGUGUCUCGCGGAUCAGCUGACCCGGGUAACGGCGCUCGUUCUCGGGCAUGUCCGCUGUUUAAGAGCUCCUGUCUGCACACACGCUUCUUGAGCUGUCUCAUCAUCAUCAAAACCAUCAGUCAAGCGGAUAUCUUGGCUCAAGCUCUGGACAUGUUGUUGUGUGCCGUGCGGACAGAUGAAGGUCAGAUGCUCUUCCUGCAGUAUCAGGCGCUGUCGGCCGUUCUGACGCUGUUGAGAGGAGGAAGUCCCGCGCUGCUGUCUGUGUCCAUCAACAUACUGCUGCAAAUGAGCACAGAGUCACGGCUUCUGCCGAGCAUCCUGGAGCAAUGCAGCACUGAAGAAUUCUUCCGCUGCGCGACGCAGUUCCUGCGUAACCCUCGCGUGGAGCCGCCGCUGGUGGAGAAGAUGAGCAUAAUCCUCCAAAAGCUCUCUAGCAUCCGGAAGAACAAACGUCUGUUUGAAGCGUUCUCGCUGCAUUUAUUGUUGCAAGAGAUGCAUCGCACAACUGACCCCGCGCAACCCUUCCUCAGUCUGAACCUCGGCUCAAUCCUGCUCAAUCUGGGCAUGCUCACACGCUCCUGACACGCUCCAUUCUGCAUUCAAUAUCACACUUCUGUGCCUCACGGUCCACUGUGCCGCUUAAACGGACAGUUCCCUGAAAAGUGAUGUCAUUAUUUACUCAUCCUCAUGCCAGUCCCCUUUAUUUUGCUUUGUCCAGUGAAGACUUGAGAUGUUUGUCAGAAUGUCCGAGCUGUGCUCCAUGCUAUAUUCCAAGUCUUCUGAAGCCAUACGAUAGCUUUGUGUGAGGAACAGACUAGCAUGUCAUGAUUCACUAAUGCACGUGUCCACAUUAGCUGUUUUUAUUGAACAUGUCACAUGACCGAUCGCAAUGUGACACAUUUGAAAAACAACUGCUUGAGAGAUUUGAGAGUUGCAGCAGAGGGAAGAUUAUCAGUGGAAGAUUAUCAGUGAAUAACAACUUACAUUUCAGUCUGUUCAGUCUCAUAAUACUAUCGUAUGACUUGGAAUAAAGUGCAUAUUUCACAUGGACUACUUUUAAAAAAUCAUUCACUUUCAUUGGACGGAAAAUUCUGAUUCAAUCUGUGUUUCUCAGAUGAAAGAAAGUCUCACGGGUUUGGAAUGACAUAAGGGUGAGUAAAUGAUGAUUUUUAGGAACACUGUCCUUUAAGUUAAUUUAUAAGAUAGAGAGUGCACUCUUUAAAUUAUUUUUUCUUACCAUGAACAAAAUGAAUUUAAUAAUGAAUUGAAUCAUCAGGUUUGUUUAUAUUUCAAUAAAAUUGUAAUGUUAUUCAAUUAAACUCAUUGUGAUGUGUACGCCUAAUAUAGUUUGAUAUAAGCUUUAUACAAACCUUGUUUUAUACUCUGUUUGGUUAUUCACUAUUUACUACUGCUUUAUAACAUUUCCUGAUUGUUUAAAAGGUAACGUGUGUAAUUUACAAGCAGCACUGAACAGAUUUGCACAAAUAAUGACACUUUUCAAACAGGUUUCCCAAACAGUCCCCAUGUGUUCCUUUGGUUGGACAGACAGAUAGCCCCGCCCCCAAACUUACACCAUUGGUUGAGUCAGAAGUUGUCAUGCCGCUCUACCAAUGUUUUAAAAAGUACCAAAUCACAGUAUUUAAAAUCGUCAGGAAGUCGAACUGCCAUUAGAUCUCACCUGCUGAACAUUAAACUGAGAUGCAAGAAAAUGUAAUUAAUUUACACACUUCAUCUUUAACCUCAUGUGACCCCAAGUCCACAUGUGUGGACGUUGUAUUUUGGCAUCGCUAUACACAUCAUUAUUUUAAAUAAUUUAAACCAACUGAAUACUAUUCACAAGACUCGAGAUCAGUGGUUCCUAUCUUUGUUCCUGGAGGCCCCAACACGACACCUGACUGAACUCAUCAGCUCGUUAGAGACUCCCAAGAUCUGAACUGGGUCAGGAAAGAUGCAAGAUGUGCAGUGUUAGGGGCCUCCAGGAACAGGCUUUAGACUGUCAUUUAAGGGUUAAACUUCUGCUGCACCGAGUCACGUGACACAACAACAUGACAUCAAGUUCUAUGAAGAGCUUCUACAGGUGCAGCGCCAACAAAAGUGUCUCUGGUAAGAAAUCUCUUUAAGUUUGUUCAUUGAAACAUGUUUGUUUGUAAAGAGGAGAGUCUCUAGUUUCGUUUGAUAUGCUGCUUUAAAAUAUCUGUUCAUUUUUCACGUGUCAGCGCUGAUAAACAUGAUGUCCACAUACGUGUACACUGGAACUGCAUUUCCUCAAAAGAUGAAAAACAUGUUAGUUUGAAUAACUUUCAACUCUAACA